AUGGACCGUACAGUAGCUGAGGUAUCUCAGUUAGCCAAGGUGACUAUUGAUAAAACCCCCAAAGCCGUGCACGCUCUUGUGCGAUACUGUCAAGCUACAACAUGGACUGACUGGCCAGACCAUAUCCGAGCGAAUUCUCGCGACUGGAUGAAAGAUAUCCUAGCUAGGGUUUUCGAUACAAGAACUGGGGGCGUUGUGCCCGGGGAUCUAUUCAUAAUCGAUCAUAGCCAUUGGGGGCGAAAACAUGGUUGCGCAUUGGCUUUAAGCGCACAUGCCGGAAACAGUACCAAGCAGUACCUGAAUUGCGUGAUUGUGCUAUUGGCCGCUCUUCGUGAGACCGAUCGACAAGAAUAUUUGGCUAUAGUUCGCGAACAUCUUAAGCAUGGAGACGUUCAUGUCGAACGUCACUUUUCGGACAAGCCUCCAGCUGAAAGGGAUCAGGCUCAUCGAGAGUAUACAGCUUGGCGUGAUGCUCUUUGUGACGGGGUUCUACAUGCUUCUGGUCUAUUACACUUGGGCAGUCAUGCGCGUGCUGUACCGACCAAGGACGUGAAACGGUGUCUUAGAGGACUUUUGUGUGGCACGAGUGUUGAAACCAAGGAUACCCUCUUGCUAAUUAAAAAGUUUAAACUUGAGCCAAUGCUCAAGUGCGGCCACUUGCCCAACUGA